UCGGUCGGGUGACAGCAUUUGGGCCCGGUGGCAACGUUGUGAGUAGAGUUGUCUCAUAAACAUCGGCAUCGCCAGUUUUGUUACGUGAAAAAUUUGUCAAAGGCUGAUUUUAUUUAGUUUAAAAGUGCUUAAUAAAUAUUUUUCACAGCAUUAAAGUGUGUUAAACUAAUUGUACAAAUGUUCUAAUGUAAAAAGCUUAACGUCUGCAAUUAUUUUGUUAAUCGCUCAAGAAAGUGAUACGGAAUAGAUUGGAAACGAAGUCGAAGGGAAAAGUCGAAAUAUGGAGAAUAUAUUCCAAUCAUAUCCGGAGGAUGCGCGCCGCAUUGGCGAAGAGUAUUUAUCCAGUCUAACGGAUUUGAAUUGCAAUAGCAAGCCGCUCAUCAAUAUGCUCACAAUGCUCGCCGAGGAGAACAUCAACUAUGCUGCAGUCAUUGUGCGCGUGGUGGAAUAUCACAUCAGCCAGGUGCCGCCAGAAUUCAAAUUGCCCAUACUAUAUUUAAUUGAUUCCAUAAUUAAGAAUGUGAAAAGCAGCUACGUCCAGCUGUUUGGGCAAUGUAUAGUCAAUAUAUUUCUCAACGCCUUCGAGUCGGUGCAACACUCACCGUCACAGGUUCUGGAGAAGGUUAGGGAGCGCAUGUAUCUGCUUCGUCAGACAUGGAACGAGGUGUUCCCCGCCUCCAAGAUGUAUGCGCUGGAUGUGAAGGUUAAGCGUCUGGAUAACAAUUGGCCCAUCACAGCAAAACCUAUCACGGCAAACCAGGCAACCAAAAUACACGUUAAUCCGGCCAUACAUGUGAAUCCCGACUUUCUUAAAACGGGCAUGGUGGUAAAUACCACACUGCAAACCGACAUGGAGGAGAUACUUCAGGCCAAGACACGUGAGCUGUUGGAGCUGAAGAAGCGCAAAUUAGAGCUGGAAUUGGAGCAAACUAAAAUGCAUUUAAAGGAACAGGAGCGUCAACUAAGUCAGGCUACCGAUGCCAUUUCCGUGACUCCUAUAGCCAUGCCCGUGCCAGCGGUCCCACUGCGUCCGCCGGGCAUGGAGACCAUUCUUCCUCCAGUUGGAGCUGCUGGGCCGCCAAUGUAUCCCGGUGGAAUGCGUCACAUGCGUCCAGUGAUGCCUGCAGCGGCUGGUGGCAUGAUACCCGGAGUUGGCCAGCAACCGCCCUUUGCCAACAAACCAAAGGUGCAUCCGGUUAACGCCGCUAUGCUUAACUCGGUACGUCCACGGGAUCCUCGACUUGCACGACAAAUGCAGCCACAAGCAUCGUCACAAAUGGCCGCGCCCAUGCGCACCAAUGAUCCGCGCCUGGAGAGCCAUAAGCCGUCAUCCUCAUCAUCGACCCACAAAUCUAGUCGCUCGCGCAGCAAGUCUCCACUGCGCAACUCUGGCAGCAGUCGCUCCAACAAGGGCAGCAGUAACCAUCACAGUUCUUCGAGCAGCAACAGCCGCAAGAGGAGCGAGUCUAAAAGUUCCACUGCUUCAACAUCGUCAUCUGGCUCCGAUGGUCGUCACAAGGGCAGCAGUUCCAGCCUAUCGCCGGUCAAGCGUGCGUCUAACUCGCGCGACAAGCACCCCAGCAAGGAGCAAAACGAGCGCUAUGCACUCAAUGGAGGUUCACCUGUGGCAUCAAAGCGCAAGAGCAGCUCACCUGCCAGCUCACCAUCGAAAUCAAAACGCAAUGCCACAAACAAAUCGUCAACAUCAUCGUCAAACACGCGACGUGAUGGAGCGAGUAGCAAAUCCGGGAGCUCCAACAAUGCCCGUUCCCGCAGCCGUUCGCCCAUUUACAAAGAUGUGGAUAUGCGCAGCGUGAGGCAGAGCAAAUCACCAGAGUCAACAGCAUCAGGCAAGAUUCCAACUGCUACAACAACAGCAUCAGCAGCAGGAACAGUUGCCGCAACAGCAGCAGUUGCAGCAUCGUCAGUUCCAGUUAAUGCCGUCAACGUCAAUGAUUUAGAGAAACCGCAUUUAUCAACAGCAUCACUGCUAGCAGCAACAACAGCAUCCGCUGCAGCAGCAUCAAGUAUUGCCACAGCAGCUACCGGCAACGUAAAGCAAUCCUCGCCGGCACCCUCAUCGGAGUCACUGCAGCAAUCCAUCAGCAAGCUGUUGAAUCCUGUCCAGACGCAGGGCGUCGGUGAGAAGCGUCCGGCUGGUCAGCUGCCACUAGAUCAUGACGACGACAACAUUGAUGGCGAUGAUGACGAAAGACUACAACAACCUCAGCAGAAGCGCAGCAAAUCCGCCAAAUUGGAUGCUCUCUUUGGCAGCGAAGAUGUAGAUUUGCGUCGAGUGCUGCCAGGCAAACCAGCUGCCAUGGCUUCUAGUGGUGUCAUCGUCGUCGAAGAUGACUCUAUGGAAAUCUGGGAAGCCGACAAACAAUCUUCAAAAUCCGUCGCCAAGAAGCCAACUCUGGAUGAGCUGCGUGCCAAGCUGGCCAAGACUGUGCGCCACAACCACAAGCUGUCCAAGGGUGAUAAAUCCAAGGAACAUCCUAUGACGCAGCGACUGAAACAGUUGUCGGAGUUGAAGCACAAUGAUGACUCACAGGAAGCACACGAUGAGACAAUGCGCACGAUACUAAGUCAAGCGCAGGAGAUGUUCGAGAAUCAUGGCAUGAAUCAGGAACAGUACAAAGAUCUGGUCAGCAAAGUGGUCGCCAUGAACGAGAGCAGCAAACUGAAGGACAAUCGACGACGCGAUGGCAUAGUUGUCGAUGACGAGGAUGUGGAUGUGGACAGGAAUGCAGCACGCGAUGCAGUGUUACGCAAGCGUAUUCCCAAGCUCAAGGGCAACGAGAAUCACGCCUCCAGUUCACCACGCAGUGACGGCGACAACAGAUACGAGGAGCAACAACAACAACAACAACCGUCAGUCGGUGACAAGUCUCAGCCGCUGUCCAAGCAGUCCAAGAUCAAGCGAGAUGGCAAGCGGCGAAAGCCCAGCAAGUGGGGCGAGCAGGUGGAUCCAGCUGCAGCUCAGCGUGCUGCCUGGCAAUUGGCUCAAAACAACAACAAUAACAACAAUAAUAAUAACAAUAAUAAUGGUAACGGUAACAAGCGUAUGCCGGUUGCAAAUCUUGGAGCUGGCGGUGGUUUCCGUAACAUGCCCUGGCAGCAUCCACCGCUGGUUAUAUCACAAUCAGCGGUGCCUCCGCCACCACAGCCGCCUUCCAUGAUGACAUUGCCAUCAGUGGCUCAAGUAUCCAUAACCAAAGCCAUCAAUUCCCUGGAUAAUCCCAUGGCGGAUGUGGUGCGCAGCAUAACAAUUGAUGGGGGUAGCAAGGAGAUACGUUUCUAUAACCAAGUGGCAAUCAUUUUCAUGGCCGGCGAUGAGCCGCACGAGAUUGGCUUCCAGAAUGGCCAACGAUCCAUCUUUAUUGAUCACAAUGAGCCGCUGGCAUUAAGUUUCAAUGAUGACUACAAACCCUUCCAGUUGGAUGGGCAAUUGCAUCGCAUACGAUUCGGUCAUCCAUCCCGAGAAUUGUACAUCGAUGAUCACUGGUAUGAGAUCUACUUUGGUGGUCCUCCCGUUUCAUUGCCCAUUGGCAAUAAACUGCAUGUGUUGAAGGCAGAGGGACCGCCUCCAAAUGUGGACAUUGGACGCGUGCGCCGUGAUCUCGUUGUGGGCAAAAUCAAUAUGAUUGUCGAUGCCCACACGAUUGUGCCACUCUUCCUAGACGGGCGACAGCAGACGUUCCUUUUGGGUGCCGAGCAGCAUUCGCUGCAGUUUGUGGACAGCUUUCUGUAUGCUCUGCUUGACGGACAGUUGCAAAAGCUGGAAUACGGCGGAUUGCCCAAGAGCAUGAAGUUAAAUGGGGGACGCAACUGUUUCAUACGCUUUGGAACGCUGCCCAAGGGUGUACAAGCUGGCAAGGCACAUGUCCAGGAUAUGGUGUACAUUAAGACGGAGGCACCUGCGGAGCCACCACAACCGCCACCGUUACCAGUGCCAGUAAUUGCUCCAGCGGCAGUGAUUCCUUCUCUGGAGCAAUCAACGCCAGCUCCAACUGCUGCAGCAAUCGCAGGCGGUGGAGGAGCAGCAGUGCCACUUCCGGUGGCAGCAGCAGCACUUAGCAAUCUGAAUAUAGAUGAGCUCUUCAAGAAGCUCGUCUCGUCAGGCAUAAUUGGUGGACCUGGCACAACCACAGCGCCCGUCACAAGCAGCAACAACAACAGCAACAGCAGCAAUAAUACAGUUAAUGUACCUGCCCUCGAGGUGACUUCCAGCUCCAGCAAAGAUGCGUCUGUUCCAGCUGCCGCUCCCGCUCCAGCAGCACCGCCCACAGAGCCCAUUAAGCGGAUUGAUCUACACAAACCAGAUACGAUCAAGACGCGACAAUCGGCGGUAAUAGCAACACUCUACCUGGGGAUGCAGUGCAGCAGUUGCGGCGUGCGCUUCCCGCCUGAGCAGACCAUCAAAUAUAGUCAGCACUUGGAUUGGCAUUUCCGACAGAACCGACGUGAACGGGACUCAACCCGGAAGGCGACGUCCAAACGCUGGUUCUAUGAUCUCAAUGAUUGGCGACAAUACGAGGAAAUCGAAGAUGUUGAGGAGCGUGAAAGGAACUUUUUGGAGGCGCAAGGCCAACAACUUGGCCCAGAUGCCGUCGAUGAGGUGUCCCAGCAACGCUCCCUGGACUCACCAAUGCCCAGCUGUGCCGCUGGAACGGAUGACGUGGAUCGCAGCUGUGACAUGUGCCAUGAGAAAUUCGAGCAGUUCUACAACGAAGAGCUGGAGGAAUGGCAUCUCCGUUCAGCGAUACGCGUCGAAGAGAAGAUCUAUCAUCCCUUGUGCUAUGAGGACUACAAGAGCUCCUUGAAUCCGCCGGCGCCUGUUGCCAGUGACACCGCUGCCAAUGGAGAUGUGGAUAUGCUCAAUGCCAGCGAUGACAAUGCUAUGGAUACGCUAAUCAAACUUGAGGAUGAUUCAGAUGAUGGCAAGAAAUCAUCAAACACGAUGCUGGAUGAUGAUGACGAUGAUGUUAUUGUGCUGCCCAAUGAGGAGCCAAGCGUAACAGAGAUCGUUGAUGAUGAUGAUGAUGAAGAAUAUGUGCCGGUCACUGUGACACGAACGGAAACAGAUAUCGAGUCACAGAAAGAGAAAGAAGCAGCGACAUCAGCGUCUAGCACUGAAGAGAAGCAGCCGGCGCAGGAGCAGGAGAAAGAUAAGGAGCAGGAGAACGACCAACAUCAAAAGGCUGAGAAUGCCAACGAGUCAGAUGUGGAGAUCCAGGAGCCAAACAUUCCCUUUACCGAUCUGGACACAUAUGUUGAAAAGGAGCCGGUGCCAAUGCUCAAUGUAAAGAUUAAAGAGGAGCCCAAAGAUGACGAUGAGGAAGAUGAAGAUGAUGGCUUCGAAGAUGUGGGCACAGUGGUGACACUGCUGCCGCUACCAGAAGAUGAGAUAUCAAUUAACAGCAGUGAAACCCAAACACAAACAAUUGAUUCAUCUGCCUCGCCGGCGACGUUGGAGCGUCCAGCAUCCGUUGCAUCGCUCUCAAUGCCGCCAAAUGAGGAUGAACUGGAACUGGAGCCGAUGGCGAUGGCGUCAACAUCCGAGGCUGAUUUUAACGGUGAGAAUCCGCAGGAGACGCAUAAUCUAAGCGCAGCGGGACCGGGGCCAGCGUUACCUUUGGCUAGCAUAGUUAAUAAAAUAAAAAUAAAUAUCACUAAGAAUACAAGUAGUAAUAGUCAUAAUAGUGCCUCAACAACAACAACUUCAACAACUACAUCAACAUCAACAACAUCAGCGACGACGGCAGCAGCAGUAACAGCAACGGAGUCGCAAGUCUCGGCAAUUAGCGUCAUUGGCAGCUGUGGAAAUACCGAUGUGCAGCAGCAACAGAAUUCAAUACAAACCAUUUCCACAAUUCCAGUGCUGUGCGGAGGCAAUACAUUUGUGCCCAAGAUUGCCACCAGCAGUUCCACAAAUGCGCCGCCUGCUAACAUUAGUUCCAUUUCGGUUAUUGGCAGCAGUUACGGCAGCAGCAGCAGCAGCAACGCCAAUAACAACAACAGUAAUGGCGCUUCACGUUUACCCACAACAACAGUCACAUCAUCAAUGGGAACGCCAAUGACAUCGAUAUCAACGACAUCAGCGCCCGUUGCCCAAAAGUCGAUAACACCGCCACCGGCCGCCGCUGCAGUCGAAGCUGAGCCUGAGCCUGUUAUCGAACUAAAGCCAGCGUUGCGAAAUGUUACGUUAAAGAAGACGAAGAAAGUUCAAAAUGGCAUCGAAACAUCGGGCCUUUGCUCGAUCAUGUAGAUGUGUGUGUGUGGAGGCACUUACAUGUUAUUCCUCUUCUCAUUUACAUUUUUAAUUAGCAAUUUUAAAAAUUAUUUUAGAACGUUAAUUAGUUUUAAACAAUUUACAGACGUGCGAUCGAAGUGCGUUUUUGUUCUCUGUAGGUACCAAGCUUCAGCAUCCAUAUUGCCUGGGCAGCGCUAAGGACGCAACAUUUAACUUAUUUUAUUACGAUAAUAAUGCAAAUAAAAAGAAAAUUUUACACAACAAAUAAAAAACUAUAGUAUACAUAAUUUGUGAUAAUUUUAUAACACCUGAGAACAAAUUCAGUUACACAAGUCGAGCCCAAUUCAUAUUAUCAUGUAAUGUGCGUCUGCUAAUCUGAAACAAUAAAUAAAAAGCUGAAUUCAACAAUA